AAUAGAAGAGGUGAAGAGCAAUUGGAAAUAAAAGCUGCAAUGCAUGGUUUGUCCAUUUACCAAGUGAAUUAACUCCGCUGUGACUUUUGUUCUGAUCUCACACAGUUAUGUAAAAUAAACAGCUUUGCUGCCAACAAAAUACUGAGACACUUUCUGCAAGCUGCCUCAGAUGCAAGAAUGCCAACCUUAGAUGACAUUUUAGAGCAUGUUGGGGAGUUUGGAUUGUACCAGAAACGGGCGUUUCUUGUGCUGGCUUUGCUCUCUGCUGCCUUCACCCCCAUCUAUGUAGGUAUUGUAUUCCUGGGUUUUAUACCAGAACACCACUGUCAGAAUCCUGCAACUGCUGAAUUAAGAGCCAGAUGUGGCUGGAGUCUUGAAGAGGAGCUGAAUUACACGCUUCCAAAGGAAGUGAAUCAUGGAAACACUGUUGCUAGUCAGUGCCAGAGAUACGACAUGGACUGGAACAUCACUGAGCUGGACUGCACAAAUCCAAUAGAUCUUUUCUUCGCUCAUGGCAACAAGAGCAGUAUUCCACUCAUUCCCUGCCAAGAUGGCUGGUUUUAUGAUGGCCAAGGUUCAUCCAUUGUAACAGAGUUUGACCUGGUAUGUGAGGAUGGCUGGAAGCUGGAUCUGUUUCAGUCAUCUGUGAAUGUGGGUUUCUUUGUUGGGUCCAUAGGCAUUGGAUACAUGGCUGACAGGUUUGGCCGUAAACUGUGCCUGUUAAUCACCAUCCUUAUCAAUUCCGUCUCUGGAGUUCUCAUGGCUGUUGCACCAAGCUACGUCUGGGUGGUGAUCUUCCGCUUAAUACAAGGGUUGGUUAGUAAAGGAGGCUGGUUAACAGGCUAUAUCCUGAUCACAGAAUUUGUUGGAUUGGACUACAGAAGAACAGUUGCUAUAGUCUACCAAAUGGCCUUUACUGUUGGGCUCCUUAUAUUUGGUGCUAUUGCUUAUGCAAUUCCUCACUGGAGAUGGCUACAACUUGCUGUUACAUUGCCAAAUUUCUUCUUCUUGCUGUAUUACUGGUGCCUUCCAGAGUCCCCAAGAUGGUUGAUAGCCCAGCAGGAGAGUGAUAAAGCUCUGAAAAUCAUAAAAAAUAUUGCCAAGGCAAACCAGAAGAAGCUACCUUCAUUUAUGGAGAACUUACAGUCUGAGGAAGAUGGGGAAGGAAAGCUACGCCCUUCCUUUCUAGAUCUCGUGAGAACACCACAGAUAAGGAAACACACUCUCAUCUUAAUGUAUACUUGGUUUACAAGCUCGGUAUUAUAUCAGGGCCUCAUCAUGCACAUGGGAAUAGCUGGCGGCAACAUUUAUCUGGACUUUUUUUACUCUGCUCUUGUUGAAAUUCCAGCUGCCAUCAUACUCAUACUCACAAUUGACCGAGUAGGCCGUCGCUAUCCUUGGGCUGCAGCAAACCUGAUGGCAGGAACUGCCUGUCUCAUUACAGCCUUUGUCCCUGAAAAUCUGUAUUGGCUUAAAAUGACAACUGCUUGCUUAGGCAGAAUGGGCAUCACAAUGUGCUUUGAAAUGGUUUGCUUAGUCAAUGCAGAACUAUUUCCAACAUUCCUCAGGAACCUGGGGGUCCUUGCCUGCUCUUCCAUGUGUGAUAUUGGUGGGAUCAUAACUCCGUUCAUUGUCUAUCGGCUGGCAAAUAUCUGGAAUGAAUUGCCACUUGUCGUCUUUGCUGUGAUUGGCCUCAUUGAUGGUGUUUUGGUACUACUCUUGCCAGAAACCAAAGGAAAAACUUUACCGGAAACAAUAGAAGAAGCUGAAAAUUUGUACAGACAAGGAAAGCCCAAAGAAAACAUUAUUUAUCUUCAGGUUAAAACAUCAAACGUGGCACCUUAUUAGGGACAGUUUUCUCCAAGAUUUUUUUCUCUUUGGUGAUACAUGAAGGAAAGGGAACAACAUCCUUUGGCCUAAUUCAUUAAAUUCUGUAACCCUCUGAUUCUUUGCUCCUACUAUGACUCCAGUGCAUUUUUCAGGAUUCUGCUGUCCUAGAGAGCAUAAGUUAGUAUAGACAGUGCCUCCCAGUGUAGCUUUGAGGAGCUGUUCUGUCUGAGGAUGCCACAAUGCUAGGAGAUGCAUAUAAACAAAAAUCAAAUGCAUCCAUCCAGACAUAUGCAUGUGCAAGACUCUCUGAUUCUAACAGGCAACAGAUGAUCAUGUGCUUAACUUCUGCAUUGAAAUAAAUCAGAAAGAAGUAUGUUUAAUGUUGGCCAGACUCUCUACCAAGCAAAAGUUGGCCAACAACAAAUUGUCUUUUUAAAAAUUGGAAACUUCUCUGUGCCCCCGGCAUCUGCACAAUGGGUUUCCUAAGUCCCCCUGAUGUAGAUUUUAGCACAUUCAUAAUUAGGGGUACAUCUUCACUAUAGAACUGAUCCAGUUUGAUUCCAUGACCACCCAUAUCUCAAUGCUAUUGAAUCAUGGGAGCUAUAGUUUUAGAAGAGUGCUGGUGCCUCAUCAAGCUCCAAAUACUAGGAUCUCACAGCACUGAGACACGGCAGUUAAUGUGGUGUCAAACUGCAUUAAUUUUACACUGUAGCUGCACCCAAAGUUUUGCUAUAGCUAAGCAAAGAGGCGUAUGGCAUUCAAAGCCCAAGCAGCAGCUGCACUCCCAUAGUUUGACCGCUCUAGCUCUGGAAUUUUUUGUAUCAAAUAGGAAACUGUUUUGGCCUUCAACUCCCAGAAACAGCUGGUAAACUGGCUGGGAUUUCUGGGAGUUGUAGGCCAAAACACCUGGGGACCCACAGGUUGGGAACGACUGGUUUACAAGCUCAUCCGAGAUAAAGAGAGGAAUCAAGAAAGUCAAAAUGUAAAACAAACUGGCCAAAAACAAUCAAUGCAUGAUAAAAUCCCUUUAAUAUUUCUUACUGUAGAUACACUUCAACCAAUCAAGUUCUCAUUGCUUUGGGAUGGCAUAUUUGUUUGUUUUGUUUUGUUUUUGCUUUCUAUAAAACCACCCCUCUUCAUUCUGAAUCUGUGUCCAUCGUCCUUUUAGUAGAUAUGACUGCAAUUCUAAGCAUUCACUGAUGCCAUUAAAAUAAAUUAGAUGGCAGAAAGAAAAUUCUUGUAGAUGUGUCUUGUGUUGAAAUUUCAUCAGCCGAUCCAUUUAGUUUCAUAAACUCUGUUGAAUGUCUUGAUGAAUUUUUAAUCUGAUGAAUAUGGAAUUUCAUUGUGCAACUGACAGGACAUUACUUUCAAGGGAAAGGCUACAAGGUAUUAGUGCAAGAUCCUGAUGAAAUUAAUGGUAACAACAUUUAUAGGAGAAAGCUGUAGAGAAGGUUGAUUACCAAAUUAACAAAAGAUUAUAUUCAGGGAGAAAGCUACAAUAUUAUUUGUGAAGGAAAGAACCACACCCUGUCUUACGAAAUGUUGUUUGUGAUAAAUAAAAGAAGUGAAAGUUAACAUGA